GUGGGUUCUUCUUCUCUCCUCUCCUCCCUUGCCUCCCUUGAUUCGGUCUCCUGGUUCCGUGGUCAUUCUUCAACCCUAUCGAUUGUCGGUCUUGCAUAUCACUUGCCCGUCACUUGACCUCGACCAGACUGGUGGCUUGUCUACUUCAAUCAAGUCCCUGAGUCCUCGGAUCCGUCUCUGUGUAGAGACAAUCCUUGUGCUAGCCAUCCCACCACAUUCCUCGGCUCGGUCCUCGCGGAAGGAGAACCCCCCGCCAUUGUCACACCGACAUCAUCGGUCCAUUGUGUCCGAGGAGAGGUUCAGUACGACCUGAGAUAGCGGCGCAUUGCAACUAAGAUGGCCAGCGACAGCAAGCCUGAAGUGUUCGAAGAUGCUGGCGUGGCCGUGCCGGCCACGGCCAAGCCCAGCUUUGGGGCUCGCGUGGCUAGACACUUCAAGCGAUGGUGGUGGGUGUAUAUCAUCGCCUUGAUCGUGAUUGUUCUUGUGGUGGUGCUUCCUGUAGUUUACGUCGGAUACCCCAAGAUGGCUCAACACAUCGUCAAUGAUUCCAACCUGACCGUCACAUCGAUGGUCAUCAGUGACCCCUCACCUUCAUCCUUCGACCUCCACCAGCUGCAGGUCAUUGGGUCUAACAGCUCUUUUCACCCAACCUUCUACACUUUCUCCGCAGCCAUCAGCCUGCUGGGUUCCGCUGUCUUCACACACGUUCAGGUGCCCCAAUUCAACGGCCACAAUGGCGUUGUCAUCGACGUCAACCAGCGUGCGAACCUGACCAACGAAACGGCAUUCGCUGAGUUCUGCAAGGCCGCCAUAAUGAACGAGAAGUUCCCUCUCAACGUCUACGGCAAGCCCCAGCUAAAAGAGGGAAGUCUACCCAAGACCACGGUCACCUACAACAAGACCGCCAUGGUGACAGGCCUCAACAAGCUCUCGGGCUUUGAUCUCGUGGACAUGUCAAUUGGAACCAACAACACAGACGGCACCAACGCCAAAGGAACCGUCUACAUCCCCAACCCCUCCGACAUUAGCAUCGCCGUGGGCAACCUGACUCUCAACCUGGAGGUCAAUAACACCGCCAUCGGCCAAGCCUUCAUCUACGACCUCACCAUCGGCCCAGGCAACAAUACCGUCCCCAUGACCGCCAACGUCAGCACCCUCACCGUCGCCGGCAUGCUAAGCAGCUACCCGGACUACAUGCUCCCCAUCGACAUCACAGGCAACUCGAGCAUCUACAACAACCAGCCCCUCCUUUACAUUGAAGAAGCGCUGGCGUCGCUCAAACUCCAAGUUCAAUUGAACGUGACGCAGGCAUUGGGCGGUUGAGCUAGCCUGAGGCUUGUCAAUCAGACAGUCGGUCUCGUCUCUAAAUAAAAGUCUGUAAUCUUGGUUUAACGGACUGACGGAUCCUAUAUCCUCUUGUUUGUGGGAUAUAAAUGAGACAUAUGUGUUAUGUGGGAGGGGUUGAUGGUUUGUUCUUUGUUUAUAUAUGGCUAACUUACUGCUUACGAUGAUGUUGUGAUUCCCAUGUGCUUUUAUAUAUGGAUGGAUGAAUGGAUGGAUGGAUGGGAGCUGGACUUGUGUCCUCGUUGGUAGUUAGGUA